UUCACCAAUCACGUGAACGUAUUCCCAACCGGUGGGCGAUGAACCAAUCGUGUGGCGUUCUGAUGGAUUUUUAAACGGGUGGCGUCAAUUUAAAAAUUUUAACCAUAUUCUAGAGGUGAGACAAGGCUGGUCAACUUUUUCUGUGCUUACGAGAAGAGACGCAAGCAAGACAAGAGUUUCGAGAAUGGCGCAGUUCGGACUGGAGAACGACAUCAGCAAUACGCUAAAGUUGGACGUGCCCAUUACUAAUGCGCCAAUUGCUCGCUGGCAGAGGAAAGCUAGCGCGUCCAACGCAUCUGCGAUUGGCCUUUCCCCGGGGAAGUCCACCAACAUCUCCUUGAACGCUUCCAAGACUCCUGGUAAGACGCCGGCCAAAACACCAGGCAAGUGGCGAACAACCCCGUCAAAGAAAAUGGGAGAGGACCGCUUCAUUCCAAUCCGGAAUGAUAAACAAAUGGAAGUGGCGAGUUUCUUGCUCUCAAAGGCAAAUCGGCCCAAGGAAGAUGUUUCAGCAGCCACAUCUGACCAGAAGGAGCUUUCCCUAUUGCUGAACGGAUGCAAUCUGGAAGAGGCCCGUAUCCUGCAAUUUAGUGGGAAGCCAACAGUUAACCCAGAUGGCCAACACAACGCAAUGAAGUCCCUCUACAGUCACACAGUAACACCCAUGUCCAACAAAAAGACACGAUACAUCUAUUCAACGGUCGACAAAAUCUUAGACGCUCCCGCAGUUCAGAAUGAUUUUUAUUUGAAUCUGCUCGACUGGAACAGCCGUAAUGUUGUAGCGGUCGCGCUCCAAAACAGUGUGUACUUGUGGGAUGCCACUCGAGGAGAUGUCGUCCAUCUCAUGACUAUGGAAAAUGAUGCGGAUUAUGUCAGCUCCCUUUCUUGGACAAAAGAUGGCAGCUACCUGGCAGUUGGCACCAGUGACUGUGCAGUCCAACUGUGGGACGUGGAGCGAGAGAAAUGUCUUCGACAAGUAACCAGCCACUCUGCAAGAGUUUGCAGCCUAAGUUGGAAUAGCCAUAUUCUUUCCAGUGGCAGCCGGUCAGGUCAGAUACACCAUCAUGAUGUGAGGGUGGCAGAGCACCACAUCUUCACCCUGCGAGGCCACUCUCAGGAAGUGUGUGGACUGCAGUGGUCGCCUGAUGGCCACUACCUGGCCAGUGGCGGUAAUGACAACCUGGUGUGCAUCUGGCCCGGCGUAUCCCAGGCACCCCGGGCAGAUGUUGACCAGUCGCUACGUACACUUAGUCUCCACAAGGGGGCUGUCAAGGCUUUGGCUUGGUGUCCAUGGCAACCAGGCAUUCUGGCAUCAGGGGGUGGCACCACAGACUGUCAUAUCCGCAUCUGGAACGUCAACAGCGGCUCAUGCCUCAGUUCACUCGACACUCAAUCCCAGGUGUCAGCUCUUGCAUUUGCACCCAACUACAAGGAGCUGCUCUCUGCACAUGGUUUCUCGCACCAUAAUUUGGUAAUCUGGAAGUACCCAACCAUGACAAAAAUUGCAGAGCUCAACGGACACGAGGAGCGAGUUCUCAACAUCGCUAUGAGUCCGGACAACUCGACAGUGGCCAGCCUGGGAGCGGAUGAAACCAUCCGCAUAUGGAAGUGCUUUGAGGUGGACCCCAAGAAAAGACCCAAAAACAAGACACCCCGAUCUGCCUUCACUCAAUCCAUAAGAUAAUUGGGAUGAAAGGAAUGCAGUUUUUCUUAAUUUAAUUCGUUGUUAGUUCAGUCAAUAAAGUGCAGUUCUUUACUGAACUUUAAAAAUGGACAGUAUUUUGGUUUUCCUUUCCGUGAAUGUUUGCAUACUUUUUGCACUACAGAGCCAAAUUAAGUCCUACACAUGACAUUGAUUACCCAUUGAGGCUGUUUUAUACACCUGUACAUGUUGUUUUGUGUAUCUAAUAUGAAAAUGUUUUUCCCCAAUAAAAGUGUUCUUAUCA